GUCAUUAAUCUGCGCAAUAGUGAAUUGAAGCUGAGUGGUGUUUUAUUGGUACAGCUGAGUAGAGUUCUACUGUGGUCGUUAAAAGGUUUAUUGAAACUACUAUUGCCAACUCCGAAGAGGAAGCUGUAUUAUAAGCCAGCUCAUCAGAUACACUCAGUACAUGCAUGGAGUGGCUUUUGAAGUGAAAUGACUGACCAGGAGAACAACAACAGCAUCUCCACUAACCCGUUUGCUGCCCUCUUCAGCUCUUUGGAUGAUGCUAAGCAUUUUGCUGAAAUCCAGAAGCAGCAACAGCAGCAGCAGCAGAAAGACGUAACAGGAGAGGACUCUUCAGGUAGCCAGGAUGGUUCCGAUAACAGCAUCUCAGAAAGCUUUGAUGACAAUGAUGAUUCAGUCGCUGAACUUAGUCGUUCCUUUCGAUCAAGGCAGGAGCUCUGUGAGCAGCUUAACAUUAAUCACAUGAUCCAGAGGAUCUUUCUCAUCACCUUGGACAACAGUGAUCCCAGUCUGAGAGGAGAGAAUGGUAUUCCAGCUCGCUGUGUUUACUUGGAAGAAAUGGCUACAGAUCUGGACGGUCAGGACUGGCUGGACAUGCACACUAUAGCGCAGGCCCUUUUCAGCCGGCUCUUGUUGGCAGAGCCAGGGAACCAUCUUAUCCAUAUGACAUCAACAAGUGGGCUAAACUUGUCUGCUGACAGAGAUGCAGGGGAGAAACACAUUUUGAGAUACUUGUUUUCUUGCUUUCGAAGAGCUAAAGAAGAGGUAACGAAAGUACCAGAGAACUUGUUGCCAUAUGCAGUGCAGUGUAAGGAUUUGGUUGUGUCAAACACACGAACUGUUCUACUCACCCCAGAAAUUUACAUCAAUCAAAACAUAUAUGAACAGCUACUUGACCUGCUUCUGGAAGCUGUUAGCAGUGGCAAACUUGAAGAGAUGGCCGAAUUUCUAGAAGAAGUUAUUCUAGCAAUUGUUUCAGAUGAGGAAGUCCGGACAUUUGGGGAAGUCAUGGUGCCAGUGUUUGAUAUGCUAGUAAGACGAGUACGAGAGCUUGACCUCUGCCAGAUUCUCCUCUACAGCUACCUAGACAUCAUAAUCUAUUUCACCAAACAGCCAAAUAUAGCAAAGGUUUUUCUGGACUACAUUCAGCCCAAAGACCCCAGCAAUGGCCAAAUGUACCAGAAGACCUUGCUAGGAGUUGUACUGGGUAUCUCCUGCCUGUUGAAAACCCCAGGAGUGGUAGAAAAUCAUGGUUAUUUUCUUAAUCCAGCCAGAACUACUCCCCAGGAGAUAAAAGUUCAGGAGUCCACCAUCCAUCAGUUUAUGGUCCAGUUUCAUGAAAAAAUUUACCAGAUUCUGAAAAAUCUCUUACAACUUUCACCAGACACGAAGCAUCGUAUAUUGUCCUGGCUGGGAAACUGCCUUCAUGCUAAUGGAGGGCGUACUAAGAUAUGGGCCAAUCAAAUGCCAGAAGUUUUUUUCCAGAUGUAUGCUUCGGAUGGCUUCUUUCUAAACCUUGGAGCUGCCCUUCUAAAACUGUGCCAGCCAUUCUGCAAACCUAGAUCUGCCAAAAUUCUUUCUUUUAAUCCUACGUACUGCACCCUCAGAGAGCUAAAUGAGGAGGAGAGAAGGAACAGGAAUGUACAUGUCAAAGGUUUGGAAAAGGAAACUUGUUUAAUUCAAGCAUCCACAGACCAAGAACCUAUGUUUGCCCAAAAUUACAACCUUGUAACAGAAAACUUGAUAUUAACACAGUACACUUUACAUCUGGGAUUUCACAGGUUACAUGAUCAGAUGGUCAAGAUGAAUCAGAGUCUUCAUCGGCUUCAGGUAGCAUGGCGUGAGGCCCAACAAACCUCCAGCCCUACAGCUGAGAACCUUCGUGAGCAGUUUGAACGUUUAAUGACUGUCUACCUGUCCACAAAGGCUGCUGUGACAGAGCCUCAAAUGUUGCAGAACUGUGUAAAUUUACAGGUAUCUACAGCAGCUUUGCUAAUCCAGUUUGCUUUGGGUAAUCAAGGCACUGAACAUGUGGAACUGACAUUCCCCCUUCCAGAAGUGCGGCACAGUUUAUUGGCUUAUGUGCCAGAAUUUUUUGCUGAUAAUCUGGGUGAUUUCUUCAUCUUCUUGCGCCGCUUUGCUGAUGACAUUUUGGAGACUUCAGCGGAUUCCCUUGAGCAUGUUCUUCAGUUUAUCACAGUCUUCAUGGGGAAUGUAGAAAGAAUGAAGAACCCACACUUACGAGCCAAGCUGGCAGAGGUGCUAGAAGCUGUGAUGCCUCAUAUGGAUCAGGUGCAGAGUCCCUUAGUACCUAUCAUGUUCCAUAGGGAGCGGAUUUUUUGUGCAUACCAGCAUGCCCCAUUCCUUGCUGAGGCUCUCAUCAAGGUUUUUGUUGACAUUGAAUUCACAGGGGACCCUCAUCAAUUUGAGCAGAAGUUUAACUAUCGACGACCCAUGUACCCUAUUCUGGGAUAUAUGUGGAAGAGCGACACCUACAGACAGAGCAUUAAGAAUCUUGCAACUUAUGCUUCUGAGAACUUGGAGUCUGUCAAUCCACCUCUCUUCCUUCGUUUUGUCAAUCUGCUGAUGAAUGAUGCUAUCUUCCUACUGGAUGAAGCUAUACAGUACUUAAGUAAAAUAAAGAUCCAACAAAUUGAGAAAGACAGAGGUGAAUGGGACAGUCUCUCUCCAGAAGCUCGACGUGAGAAGGAUGCAAAUCUGCAGAUGUUUGGUCAGUUGGCACGAUUCCAUAAUAUCAUGUCUAAUGAAACCAUUGGGACACUUGCCAUGCUCACAUCAGAAAUCAAAGCAAUAUUUAUCCUUCCUAUUCUGGCUGAGCGGACCAUCACAAUGCUGAACUACUUUCUUCAGCAUCUGGCUGGCCCCAAGAUGGGAGCACUGAAGGUGAAGGACUUCAGUGAGUUUGACUUCAAACCGCAGCAGCUUGUUUCUGAUAUCUGCACCAUCUACUUGAAUCUUGGAGAUGAAGAGAACUUCUGUGCAACAGUUCCAAAAGAUGGUCGUUCCUAUUCCCCAAUGCUGUUUGCGCAAACUGUCAGAGUGCUAAAGAAAAUUAACAAACCAGGUGACAUGAUCCUAGCCUUCAGUAACCUGGCCGAACGGGUCAAGUCCCUCGCUGAUCGACAACAGCAGGAGGAAGAGACCUAUGCUGACGCUCCUGAUGACUUUUUGGAUCCCAUUAUGAGCACCCUGAUGAUAGAUCCUGUGAUGUUACCUUCCUCUCGAGUCACUGUAGACAGGAGUACAAUAGCCAGACACCUUCUCAGUGACCAAACUGAUCCAUUCAAUCGCAGUCCACUUACAAUGGACCAGGUAAAACCUAAUGUUGAGCUAAAAGAAAAAAUCCAUCAGUGGCUAUCAAUGAGGAAGCAAAAUAAAGAACAUCCUAAGCAAACUCUAUGAUGACUGCAAGCAGAACUGAGGUCAUGCAGUUUGUGACUUUACAAGAAAUGCUGCUCUUGAGAACUUGGUAGUGGCAGCACUGUUGCUGCUUGUCUUACAACGAAGCUGUCCACAGAUUGUGCUAUGUUGAAACAAUUUCAAAGGACUGUUUCAAGCUGCAGUAUGCCCGUCUUACCAUCCUUUUUGUUCUUUUAGCUUUUUUACUUAGAGCUUUGAUGCUGCAGUUAUUCCAGACAGUAAUAAGACUAGAGACUUCUGCUUUUGGAGGCAAGCACAUAAUUUCAGUUCCAGUGCAGACUUCAUGUACUGUGUAAAUGAAAAUGUUUCAGAAUGUAAAUAUGAAGAGGGGUAGAGAAAUGCUUGUCUUGCUGUGCUGCAUUUUUCACCCCUCAUAAACUUUUUAAUGGUAAAAUGUCCUAAAGGAUGUCAUAUUGCCAUAUUAAAUCUAGCAACAUUCUGAAGUUAUAGAGAUAAAAGUAAAGUGAUGGUUUCCUUUGAAUCUUGGCUGGACAGGAGCCAGCUCAAGGAUUUCUUCCCCUGACUGGUGGGCAGCCAGCACAGGGACUGCUGCUACUUACCUUUUCCAUAAAUCACAUAAACAGUUAGGAUACAAUGGGUUUUAUAUGUGCCAGCAUUUAAACACCAUUGCUGACAAGUCUUGCUUUUAUGGACAGUAAUGUCUCCGUAGCUGUCCCACAUUCUCUUGAAUUAUUUCACUGUGAUGUCAGUGUUCAAAAGCUGCAUUAAAGUGAGGGAAAGGUUACAACCUUUCCUGAUUAUUAAAUAUUUGCUAAUAUAGAAGCAAGAGUUUUCAACUAAAAUUGUAGAAACAUCCCACCAUUUUGAGUUACCUCUGUGCAAAGUUAAAAUUACCCAAUAUUUUCACUAACAUUUCAUACCUGUUUCCUGUUUGUUGCACUUUGUGUUAAUACGUUUUCUAAAAUUUGAUAUUCUGUCUUCAGUGCCACUUAAAAAUAAGAUGGUGAUGUAUACAUUUCGUAGCCUGGUAAGUGCCUGUCCCAUAACUGCCCAGAAAGUAGACAUUAGAUAUAAUGAUAUGUGAGUAAGUAGUUCCUUAUUUUCAGAUCUGUUUUAUCCACUGUUGAGUGAACAUACAGUAAUGCACAUUUGAGUUGCUACUAGCACUUUAUCAUCCAACUCUUCACAGUUUUUCAGUGAUACUGGAUUUUUAAGUGCUGGUUGAUUAUUGUGAAUGAGGCUGGCCUUCCAGCACAGCAUUUUCAUGCUCAUUACUAAUUACUUGAAUAUGUAAAUGAAGUCUGUUGACCAGAAGAUUAACUGAAAAGGAGUGUUUGCCUUUUGACUAUGCUUCUUUUGGGUAAGUUUUGGAUGGAACAUUCAGAAAUGAUGCAGAGACCCAAGAGGUCAGUGUCAUAUCAAGCAGAUUUAUUGUGGAGAAUGUUAAACAAUCCUCAGAUGUCACAGUAUGCCCUGCCAGUGCAACCAAAAUGAGAUAAAGCUUUGUGGAUGGGUUUUCUGUAAUACUUCGGGAUACCACAGCAUUCCCAACUCAUGCUCCAUGGGUCUGCCUAUUAAGAUGUGAGGAGGGCAUCUAGGAACCAGUUUCAAGAGGAGUUCAAGGGAGGUAUGAUCCCUGUACUGUGUAGGACUCACACCUGAUAAAUACAUAGAGAGGAUGACCAGUGAGCCAGAUGACAUCAGGAACACUGGCUGGGUGGGCAGGAAAUGGCACUAUCAGGAUAUUGAUUUGGCUGUUACUCGGAUAUUUUCUGAUGACAGCCAUCCCAGAAGAGGUUAAAAAUGAUGUAUAAUUUACAGUAGAUUAUUCUUUAAUGUUUUAUAUUUUUCAAGUGUUUAUCAUGUCUAGUGCAUGAGAAGAAGGAGGCAUAUCAGCCAGGAAACAGUGUGGCUACAGAAAUCCUGUUAACCUUCAGGACUUUUGUUAGAUGUGCCUUUAGACUAAAACUAAACUUUAAUCUUGGUGUUUGCUUCUUAGUGAAUGUUUCACACCAGUGAAUGCACAUUAAAAAUGGAUCCAUGAGCUUCCAGAUUUAGUAUGCAGAAUUUUUUUUCUUGACCAGGUUGAGUGGAAAAUAAGAUAACUAUUUUCAGGCUACAAUACAUAGUAUAUAGCAGGCUGAAACAUGGUAGGGAAACAAAGUAAUGCUGAACUCAAAUGCAUAAUAUAAGAAAAUCAAGUUUAUUUUAUGGUGUAACGUACAUGGAAUACAAUCUUCACACCUGCUUAUAAUGACUAGUGUAUAAAAAUAAUUUUGUCAAAAAAAGGAGAUCUGCUGUAUUUGCCAGAUGUGAAUAGGUUGAACAUUCUGAGCACUGUCUAAGGUCAUUAUCUUUGAUCAGCUGAAGGAAAAGAUGUGAGUAAAAAAGACAGGUAGGUAAAUAAAAGAAUUAGCUUAUUUUG